AUGUCAGAUCCAAUAUUGCAGUUUGAGUUUCCGAAGAUCUACUCAUUUCCACCAUUUUACACACAGCAGCCCAACACCACUGUCUUGAACCAACAACUAGACUCAUGGGUAUCAAUAAUAUUACACUAUUGCGAGUACUAUAGAAUCACGUCAUUAUCAAUUGAAGGAAUACCCAAACACUCACAAUUAGAGGUUCCACUUUCACUGCUUUCUUCUAUAUUCAUCAAUAAAACCAUAAAUCGUCAAGUCAAUUCAGAUUUCCAAAAACUAAUAGUAAAACAUCUAAUUCAUAACAAAAAAGCAGAAUUCAUUAAUCCCAAAAAACCAGAGUUGGGUGUAUAUAUAUAUUGGAGAUCACUAGUCGAUUGGGGUGACUUAUUAUAUCAAUAUGUCGACGAUACGGGUCAAAAGGGGACAGUUUUGACAAUUUACGAACUUACAAAAAGUGAAGAAACCACUGUGCCACAAGAUCUCCACAAUUUGGAUGAAACUUUUCUAGUGAAAAUCAUCAAAGAUUAUUUGAUAAAACAAGGGAAAGCCCAGUUGUUGAUAGACGAGAAUAACGAAAUUGGUGGUGUGAAAAUUGUAUAG